AUGCAAAACGAUAGACCAGUAACUCGAAGUGUUGCAAGAGCUCAAGCAUCUCGUGCAGAAAAUGAGAAUAAUGUUGACGACAAUGAAGAAUUUGUGGAAGGACCUCAAUACGUCAAUUUCGAAAAUCCUUCUCCUGGAAUUUAUUCAUACUCAUCGAAAGUGCAACUACCAAAACUUCAAGGAUAUUCUUUAAACAACAUUGAGUCAUGGUUUAUUCGUUUGGAUGCGUUUUUUAAGUUGCACAAUAUCACUAACGAUAGCGAACAAUUCAGCAUUACUAUUAUUCAUUUGGAUGAGCGUCUGUAUGAUGAAGCUUUCGAUAUUAUAACCAAUCCACUAUCGAUUAAUAAAUUUAUCACUCUAAAAGAAGUGAUUUCAAAUAAAUUUUCUACCUCAUCAAUAUCACGUUUAGAGCAAUUAGCUUCCCGUAUACAGUUGGGCGAUACCAAACCAAGUCAUUUGUUAACUAAACUACAACGUACCAAUGUAACCCAAGACAAGAACAUAAUUCGUGAUUUUUGGUUACAACGUUUACCUCCAACAGCUCGUGCGGUUUUAGCAGGUAUGAUAAGAAGUCAGCCAAAUAUAUCAUUUACAGAAUUGUCACUGGUUGCUGAUGAAAUCGUUGAUUCGUUAAGAAAUAGCAACAACGGGAUAGCCGAAAUUUCUGAGGAAUCGUUGAAUUCUGAUAUAUGUGCAGUUGGCAACACAGGAUCAGUAAAUAAACGUCUGUCAAAUUUGGAAAAUUCUAUCUCGCGCAUUGAAAAAUCAUUGAGAACUUUAUCUUUACCAAAUCAACAGAGCCGCCAGUCUAAUUCUCAACAAAACGCUAACACAAAUAUUUUAUGCUGGUAUCAUUUCAAGUUUGGCAAUAAUGCCAAACAAUCCAAUGAAACUUCUAGAGCUAAUAACGAGAAGCUGUUAGCUGAAGUUCAAGAAACUUCUAGAGUCAACAACGAGAAACUUCUUGCCGACAAUGAGAAACUUCGUUCUGAGGUUAAAGCUGAAGUCAAAGAAAUUAUUAAACACUUAGCGGAAAUCUAA